AUGGAGACGUUGGAGGCUUCCAGCCGGCCAAGCAUGGGCCUCCCUUCGAUAUCUCACUUGAACUCUGAAAAAGCCAAGCGGGAAGAAUCGUACUAUCAAAGAAAACAUCCCGUUUCCGCCAUGGACAGUCCGUUGCACCCUUUUGCAGCAAUGUCGCAUCUGCACAACAAUCACCAAUCGUCGCCCGCCAGCGCAAUACCCGCCUCGCUUGCAGGCUUACUAUCACCUCCCGAAUCACGACGAACGUCUGGCGACGACAAGGAGCCGCAUCGAUCCGCGGCUCUGCAAUCACUGCCGUCAAUACAUGAAGCCCUAGGCUCGGAGCAGCCGCUGUCUUAUGCGUCAGCGCCCCCGUCUUCUGCUCCAGUGGCAGCUCCUCAGCACUAUCUACCACCGUCGGUGACCACUCCGCCCUCAGAUCAGGGGACACGACGCUACCCUCCAGAUCUCCACAGUAAUCCAGGCCCCUCCAAUCCCUUUUCACACCCUCGCAGCCCGUUCGUCGGCACAUCGGCACAACAGCAUCCUCCUCCUCCACCUCCUCAGAGCCAGAUAGAUCCUUUGUCCCGUCAGUCAUUCUCAGAGCCGCGUCCUCCAUAUUCCGCCCCGCAACAAACCCCCAAAUUACCAUCACUUUACCCGAUCAAGACUGCUCAGUCCCCUACAUUGAGUACCGCUCAAUCAAAUACGCCGUAUUCCUCGUAUCCGCCGCCACCGUCUUCUGUUUAUGAGGCACCUGCGCCUCAAUCAGCACGAUCUAUGAAUCACCAAUACUCAUACCCUCAAUACCCUUCAAACGCGCCCCCGCCAAGUGGUCCGAAUUCGGUCUAUCCGCCUGCAGCGUCGACAUACUCUGCUCCAUCUCGAUAUCCUCCCGCGCCUUGGCAUGAUAAUUCGGAAGUCGCUCGCUUAGAGGAAAAGAAAAUCAACCAUACGAGUCUAGCCCCUUACGGAGACUCUGUUAAGCGACAUUUGGAAAGCUUUGAUAUUGAGGCGUCUCUGAAUGAGAUUGCCGAUGGUGCAGGACACAUUGCGGAGUUCUCCAAGGUUUACAGACAACGAGCCCACGAAAACCAACGUAUUGGCAUGACUCUGCAGUCUAUGCCAAGACUGGAAGAGGUGGACGACAUGCUGAAACAGAAUGAGCGGGUGCAGAUGUCUCUUCAACGUAUCCGAGAUGUGGUCCAUAAUCAUCACCAAGUGAGCAUUGUCGAGACACCACAGGAUUCCCGUUACCGACAGAUGAACGGGUACGAUCACGAGACAUCGAGUAACUAUGGGGAUGAUACCAAAGGCGUUGGGGGCUUUGCAGCCGGCGACAACAAGUCAAGAAAACGAGGCCGAGCUGCUCCCCCUGGACGAUGCCAUAGUUGCAACAGAGCAGAGACUCCAGAGUGGCGCAGAGGACCCGAUGGUGCCAGGACCUUGUGCAACGCAUGUGGUCUACACUAUGCCAAGCUUACCCGCAAGAUGGGUGGCAAACCAGCCAUGACAGCUGCUUCUAAUCUGCAUAUUUACCAAUCGUAUGGUCUGCGCCUGCUGAUCUGUAUACAAAGUGCUAUCGGAACGCCGCUUGACUGGCCUGAGGCCAAGAAAGUCGCGGAUCAUGUAAGAGAAUGGGGGAUUGAACAAUUACUCGCGAUUUGGCGAAAUGCAAAGGGGAAGGAGAGGGAUGCUUUACUUUGGGGAGAUGAGGUCGAAUAUUUGGUGGUCUGCUAUGACCAGGACAGUCGUAAAGUCCGGUUAUCUCUUCGCCAGGCGGACAUUCUAACCGCAUUGGCCACCGAUGAAAAGCUCAUACAGCAAGGAGGAGGAGUGCCGGAUUUACAGACAGGAGAUGCGAGGGGUAAGGUAAACCCUGCUCCUGUUUUCCACCCUGAGUUUGGGAGGUUUAUGCUCGAAGCAACGCCGGGGAAGCCAUGGGGAAUUGGUUUUAAGGAUCUUCUUGAUGUUGAACCCAAUAUGAAGUGGAGAAGGAAACUUGCAAAAGAACACAUGGAGCCAAAUGAGUUCCCUAUCACUCUGACGACCUUUCCUCGUCUAGGUUCUCCCGAUUGUCUCAUGCCGAACUAUCCUGCCUCAGGACCAAAACUGCGCUCACAGUAUGUUCCGGAUGAAAUUGCUAACCCACACAUUCGCUUCCCAACUCUGGCAGCCAACAUCCGUUGGCGAAGAGGUAAGAAGGUCGAGGUCAACGUGCCUGUUUUCAGGGACGAGAAGACAUCGUGGCCAUGGAAAGACCCCACUGUCAACUACGACUUACAUCAAUGGCCCGAGGAUGAUGAUGUUCGAAACGGAGCAGCAAAGGACAACUACAUCCACAUGGACGCCAUGGCUUUUGGCAUGGGUAGUUGCUGCCUGCAGAUCACUUUCCAAGCGAAGAAUAUCGAGGAGGGACGGAAGAUGUACGAUCAACUUAGUCCUUUGGGACCCAUCCUACUUGCUUUAACGGCCGCAACGCCUGUCUACAAGGGCUUUCUCGCUGAUACUGAUGUGCGUUGGAAUCAAAUCAGCAAGGCCGUAGACGACCGUACACCGGAGGAGCUAGGGGAGAAGCCACUAAAGAACGAUCGAUGGCGAUUGCCCAAAUCCCGCUACGCAUCCAACUCAACCUACAUCUCCCAAGACCCACGCCUACGUCCAGAGUAUCUCGACCCGGAUCUUAUUGUCGACAACGACAUCAAGCAGCGCCUCAUUGAAGGAGGCAUGGACGAUCGACUCGCCACCCACUUUGCCCACCUCUUCAUUCGCGACCCCAUCGUUGUGUUCGCCGAGGAUCUCGAGGAACUCGACCUCACCAAAGCCGAUCACUUCGAGAACCUGCAGAGCACAAACUGGCAGCACAUGCGCUUCAAGCCACCACCACCAGGUCUUGAUAUCGGCUGGCGUGUCGAGUUCCGCCCUAUGGAGAUCCAAAUCACCGACUUCGAAAACGCAGCGUUCUCCAUCUUCAUCGUGCUUAUCACGCGGGCCAUCCUGAGCUUCAAUCUGAACUUCUACAUCCCUAUCACACUCGUGAGCGAGAACAUGGAGACGGCUCACAUCCGCGACGCCGUAUCGACGCAGAAAUUCUGGUUCAGAAAAAACCCCUUCUCGUCAAGCAAGACUGGCACGUCAACACCUGCCACAGCCGACAGCCGGCCGGCUACACCCCUCGGCGCCGUCGAAGACGAAUACGAGCAAAUGACCAUCAAUGAAAUCAUCAACGGACAGCAGUCCACCGAGGGCGGAUUUCCUGGAUUGAUUCCCCUCGUGGAAUCCUACCUCAACAGCAUGAAUGUCGAUGUCGAGACGCGCUGCGAUAUUGCUACGUAUCUCGCCUUGAUUCGGAAGCGUGCUGAUGGCACGUAUUGGACGGCGGCGAAGUGGAUCAGGCAUUUUGUGCAGACCCACCCGGCGUACAAGAAGGAUAGCGUUGUGAGUGAUGAGAUCACGUUCGAUCUUGUCAAGGCAGCGGAGAGGAUUACGAGGGAGGAGGGACGCGAUGGGUUUGGAGCGGAAAUGCUGGGGAAGAGGCGUUAG